AUGCCCUCAGAAGACUACCGCGCCGCAGUCCCCGGCACCCUCAAACUAAAAGGCGUCUCCAACAACCCUGCCGCCAUAAAAAAGAAGAAGAAAAAAUCCAAAUCCAAACCCUCCGACCUAGAAAAGAACCUCUCUACCGGUCCCCCAGCAGACAAACCAACACCCGAACCCACCCCCGACUCAGAAAAACAACCCCAACGCCGCUCACCAUCCCAAGAACCACCACCAGAAAACGGGGAGAACGAUGAUAAUGACCCCCCAAAGACAGAAGCAGAGCGCAGGUUCCUAGAGGCAAAGCGCAAGAGGUUACAAGAACUCACCUCCUCGGGCAAACUCCGCCCCGAGCUCCUCAAAACCCACAAGCAGCGCGUCGAGGAGCUGAAUUCCCACCUCUCCAGGCUGAGCGAGCACCACGAUAUGCCAAAGAUUGGGCCCGGUUAA